GUUUAUGUUUCAGCAAAUUUUUGAUCUUUAAGUCGAUAGUGCUAAGAGACAUAUUAGUUGAAGGAUUAUAUCCGAAAAUCAAUCUAAUAAUUUAUAUUAAAUACGUAUAAGAUUGAUAUAGAGAUAUAAGUUGUACAUUCAAUAUGCGGAUGUUGCUUGCAAGAGAAUCACGUACAUUUUGGACUAAUAAGAAUAGACCAUAUAGACUUAAAUGUAUAAUCUUAAAAGAUCGCUCUGUCAAUAUAGAUAAAAGAUUAAUUUUGACCAGGUAAAUAACAAUAAGGUGAAAAUACUCAAUUACCCUUAAUAGUCAAAUAUUAGGAUUUAUUUGAAAAAGUGUUUUUCAAAUAGGAUUUUGACCUUUUUGUUGUAAAUAGGCCUUGUGGUCAACUUAGAGAAAAAAGAGAAAAAAAAACCGUAACAUUUUCCUUCUUCUUUCGUUAUUUUCUCGGUGCUAGCACACCAUUGAUCUAAAUCUAAGUAGACUAAUUAGAUAUGUCUAAUAUGAUAAUAUCUAAGCCGAUAGUACUUUGUAGUACUCAAUCCCUACAUUGUCUUACAAGUCGCAAAUUGAAGGUUUUUAAUUCUUAACUUACGUUUUUUUAUUUAUAUAAUAUAAUAUAAUAUAAUAUACAUGUUUUCUUGUGUCAUAGAUCUUUUAAAGUUGUAGUAUUCCGCAAUUUGACAUCUAUGAGUUCCUACAUUAGCAUUUUUUUUGAUAAAAUUAAUUGAAGUCCAAUAUUUUUCCUUGAGCCACUAAAUAUUAUUCAUAAUUUUCGAAAUAUGUUACUUAAAUCAUUCAACUUUAUAUUGUAAGAAUUGCCUCCAAAAUAAAUAUUUGGCCGGCUCUUAGAAAAGGUCAUUUUAUAGAUUUUGAGCCCUCUAUUUGAACAGGGAACAUUCUUGAUUUUGCCCCUGUAAGUGAAGAUCUUGUCUUCAAAUAAGAUGGAUUUAUUUAUAUUCUAUUUAUUCUUGAUGAGUAGAAAAAGAAAAUCUAUUUCAGUUUUAAUUUUCUACAAUAAGUCAACCAGAAAACCUGUCAAAACUCAAAACACAACAUAAAUAAAAUCUGUUAGUUUUUAUUUGCUUUUUUUAGAAAAUGUCAGAUUACCCUUCAUUUCUUCAUUAUCUUCCACAUUUAGAGCAUUUACCUUCAAAUUCUCACCUCAUAAUUUUUGGAUAUCGUAUGGAAAACCAUAUUUUCUAGGGAAUUAAUAAAUUUAGUAAAUCAUAAAUUAUGUAUAAAUUUGUUUUCGUUUGAUCAAAUCGGAGACUUUGUUCAAACUGAUCAAUAGUCCAUAUCAAGGGUGCGGCUAGGCGUUGGCUUUGAGAAUCCCGAUCUCUCACGUUCAUCUUUUUGUGUUUAAGGGAUUCAAUAAGUUUUCUAAUUAUUCAUUGUUGAUUAGUGUUUGUUUUUAAAUUUAUUUUGAAAAAAAGAAAAUAUAUUUUUGCAAAAAAAGAAAGACAAAAAUGGCAUUCACAGGAACUCUUGAUAAAUGCAAGGCUUGUGACAAGACUGUUUACUUUGUUGAUUUGUUAUCAGCUGAUGGAGCAACUUUCCACAAAUCUUGUUUCAAAUGCAGCCAUUGCAAAGGCACUCUUGUGAUGAGCAACUAUUCGUCAAUGGAUGGAGUCCUCUACUGCAAAACUCACUUUGAACAACUUUUCAAAGAAUCCGGGGAUUUCCGUAAGAACUUUCAAACAGGACAAAAGACGGACAAGCAAAUUGAGCAGAGCAAGACUCCAAACAAGCUCUCCUCCUUUUUCUCUGGAACCCAAGAGAAGUGCCCUGCUUGCAAUAAGACCGUGUAUCCGUUGGAAAAGAUAACAAUGGAAGGAGAGUCCUACCACAAGACAUGCUUCAGGUGUGCAGUUGGAGGGUGUGCUCUUACACAUUCAUCCUAUGCUGCUCUUGAUGGAAUCCUAUACUGCAAGCACCAUUUCCAGCAAUUGUUCAUGGAAAAAGGCAGCUACACUCAUGUUAAGGAUGCUGCUAAAAAGAAUGCCUCAUCCUCAGCCGAAGCAGGAGAUGACAAACCAGAAGCUGAAACUGCUGAGACACAAGCCGAAGCUGAAUCCGCCGUUGCAAUUGAGACCAAACCCGAUGAAGAAACUACUGAAGAAUAAUAAGAAUAGAACAAGUUUUUGACAUUUUUUUUAGGUCCUUUCGCCUUUAUCUUUUAUCAUUCUUUGCUCCAAAUGAGUUGGGAAAAUAUGUCACUAAAACUUCAAAAUUGUAAUUUUUAGUUUAUUGUUUUGGACAUGUUAAAUUAUUCAAUUUUCCAAAUAUUUUUUUUGUAACAAUUUAAAGAAAUUUAUGAAACAUAUUUGUACUUUUUG